AAAAGGUCUGUGUAUCAGCGCAACACUACGAAUAUUCUUUCUUAGAAAAAUGUAAUAUUUGCUACAGUUUUACAAUUUAUGUAGAAAUAAAGUAAUAUAUCAUUUUUAUACUUAAAAAAGAAAAUGCCUUCUUUAUUUCCUGCUAAAUUAAAGUUCUGUUAUGGUGUUGGUCAUGUGUUAAAUGAUUUAACAGCUGCUAUGUGGUUUUCUUAUAUGUUAAUUUUUAUGCAUAAAGUGGUUGCUUUUACCAAUGUUAAUGCAGGUUUUAUAAUACUUGCCGGACAGAUAGCUGAUGCUUUAGCAACAACGUUUGUGGGUUACCAAUCAGAUACUACUGUAAAUGUAAAAUAUGGAAGAAGAAAAAUAUGGCACUUACUGGGUGUUAUUUGUGUUGCUAUAUCAUUUCCCUUCAUAUUUAGUCUUUGUAUAUCAAAUUGUGCUAAUUCUUCACCAUCGUCAUUAAUGAUUUAUUAUAUACCAUUUGUUGUGAUAUUUCAAUUUGGUUGGGCUUCUACACAAAUCUCUCAUUUGUCAUUAAUACCAGAGAUUACAACAUGUGAACAAGGCAAAGUUGAAUUAAAUGCUUAUAGGUACUUUUUUACCGUACUUUCAAACCUUAUUGUAUUUGGAGUAUGUUUUACUUUGUUUCAAAUGAAUAAUACAGGUACUGAAGCAUUAACUAAAGCAGAUGCAUUUAAGUUUCAGGUUUUAGCUGUUUCCAUGGUAGGAUUGGGACUUUUGUUUAUGAUUAUAUUUCAUGUUGGUGUAAAAGAAGAACCAGUGGGUAGUUUGUACUCAGUUUCAUAUGGAGAUGAAGAAGCAACUAGUUUAGCUGCAAGCAUUCAAUCUGUUUCAUGCCAGAAGACUAUUAAAUCAUGGUUUAAAACACCUUUGUUUUAUCAAGUUGGUUGGCUUUAUAUGAUGACACGGCUGAUUGUAAACGUUUCACAAAUCUACAUUUCUUACUUUGUGCUUGAUUCUCUGAAGUUACCAAAGAGUUCAAUUGCUAUCGCACCAGCAAUAAUAUAUGUAAGUGGGAUUCUAGCCUCAAUACUAGCAAAAUUAUUUAAUAGAAAACUGGGACUUAAGUUAACUUACUUACUUGGAUUAUGUUUAAUAACUGCUUCAAGUGUUUGGUUUUAUGAACUUGAGGAGUUGUCAAGUCGCUUUAAAUUUGAAGCUUAUGGUGCUACAGUUUUUCUUGGUAUGGGGGGUUCAACACUUCUUAUUGUGUCUUUAGCAAUGAUAUCUGAGAUGAUUGACAAAAAUACGGAUACUGCUGCAUUUGUUUAUGGUUCAAUGAGCUUCUUAGAUAAGAUAUCUAAUGGAGGAGCAGUGAUGAUUAUUCAGUAUCUUCAACCUUGCAAGAGCAUUCCGAUAUGUUGCAAAGAUUGUCAAGAAUAUUUUCGGUAUAUUAUGAGUUUGGUACCAGGCUCCUGUGCAGUUUUAGCACUUAUAUGUCUUUUAACUUUGAUAAAGUCACCCUUUGGUUCAUUUAAGAAAAAAGCAGUGACUGCCAAGCCAGUAGACUGCUGAUAUUUCAUUGGAUAAAAGAAAAAAUCCUUCAAAAUACAAAGUAUGGUUCACUUGAUUCGAAGUUUGAACGCAACUCGACUAUACAAUCGUAACUUUACUUGUUUUAUCUUAAAUUAUUAUUGUACUUUUUUAUAUUUGUAUCAAUUUUUUUGUGUGGAAUAUUUGCUAGCUGUUAGAGUUUUUUAAAGAAUUUUUACACUUUACGUACGCUCUGAUUGUACAGUAUUUUUCGUUUUUGAAUCAGUUUAUAAAAAUAAAUACGUUUAGUUUAUUUAUAAAUAUUGAGAAUAUAUAAUUUUAGAUUUUUAAA